UUCGGAAAUAGUCUAUAAAGGCCAUGAUUCACCCUGCAGCAACCAGUGUAGGUUUCGUGGAGAAACAGGGAAGCGAUGAGAAUUUUGCAAGUAUUGUUGUUGCUAGGGCUUGUCGCUGCUCUGUUUGCAGCGAAAGAUGAUGAGAGCAGUAUGGAAAUAGACGCUGAUGACGAAGUGGCAGAUGAAGAAAGUCCUAAGGAGGAAGCAAAAGAAGAUGAGGACAGUACCGAAAUAGAUGUUGAUGAUGAAGAGGCAGAUGACAAAAGUCCAGAGGAAGUUGAGGACGCUGAUGACGAAAUAGAAGAACAAGACGUUGAGCCGAAAUUUAAGCAAGAUCCUUGGAGACGACGUCGCCGCCGACGCCGCACCUUCUUCCGCCGCCGCCACAUCUACUUCCGCCGCCGCCACAUCUACUUGCACCGCCGCCGCCACAUCUACUUGCACCGCCGCCGCCACAUCUACUUCCACCGCCGCCGCCACAUCUACUUCCACCGCCGCCGCCACAUCUACUUCCACCGCCGUCGCCUUAUCUACUUCCACCGCCGACGAUUUGGCUGAUUUGUGGGAUGAUUUCCAAACAACAUCUAUGAUGUAAAGCCAAACAUUUUGUGGAAAACAGUUUGCUUAAA